CGGGUUGCUAUCGAUGCCGCACUAGCAGCUGGUGAGAUUAUCCGCGAAGCAUUCAAGCAACCCAAGCAGGUCCAGGAGAAGUUGAACCAUGCCGACCUUGUGACAGCUACAGACAAGGCGGCCGAGGACCUAAUCCACAGCCGCAUCCGCCGCUCCUUCCCCGACCACGCAUUCAUCGGGGAGGAGUCCUGCGCCGCGGCGGGCUGCGGCAGCGGGCUGCAGCUGGGGCAGGGGCCCACCUGGAUGGUGGAUCCUCUGGAUGGCACCACCAACUUCGUCCACGGCUUUCCCUUCGUAUGUACGAGCAUCGGCCUGGCAGUGCAACGCCGCGUGGUUGCGGGUGUGGUGUUCAACCCGGUGCUUGGGGAGCUGUUCGUGGCGGCGGAGGGAGGGGGCGCCUUCUGCAACGGGGCGCGCAUGGCGACGUCGGGGCAGACGCAGCUGGCGGCGGCCAUUGUGGGAACGGAGGUCGGCACCGCGCGCGACGACAACACGUUGGACGCCAUGUUCGCCCGCAUCCGCGCCCUCACCUGCCGCGCCCGCGCACUGCGCUGCACCGGCUCCUGCGCGCUCAACCUGUGCUCCGUGGCGCUGGGCCGGCUGGACGCGUUCUUCGAGAUCAACUUUGGCGGCUGCUGGGAUGCGGCGGCGGGGGCGUUGAUGGUGGCGGAGGCGG